CUCCGCCAAAACCCCUAAUAUUUUGCAGAAUUUAUUAGUUGUCGAAGGCAAAGGAUCUCUUUUCUCUCUUGUAACGCGAGAGAGAAGAUCAAAAGAAAAAAAAAAAAUGGGAGUUCUAUCAAACAAGAUCCAUGGAGAAGAUCUCAAGCCUGGAGAUCACAUCUACUCUUGGAGACAAGCCUACAUCUACGCUCAUCACGGGAUAUAUACUGGUGAUGGAAAAGUGAUCCAUUUCACUAGGGGAGCAGGACAGGAAAUCGGCACUGGAACUUUCUUUGACCGAAUCAUUUUUAGCUCAUCUCCUGCUCACCCUUCUGACAAUCCAUGUCUACAGUGUGGUGAUUAUUCAAGGCUUGAUGGUGUCAUCAUCUCCUGCAUUGACUGUUUUCUUGCUGGUGGCGAUCUCUAUCUCUUUGAGUAUGGUGUCUCACCAGCUUUAUUUCUUGUCAAAGCUCGAGGAGGGACUUGCACCCUUGCCACUUCCGAUCCCCCGGAAGAUGUUCUCCAUCGUGCCACUUUUCUUCUACAGAAUGGUUUUGGUGUCUACCAUGUUUUCAAGAAAAAUUGUGAGGAUUUUGCAAUAUACUGCAAAACAGGUCUACUUGUGAAUACUAGCAUCAGUAUGGGUUGCAGUGGCCAGGCUGCAUCAUUGGCAGCUGCUGUAAGUGCUAUUGUUUCUUCACCCCUUAGAUACUUGACUACAAGCUUUAGUGGCCUGGCGGCUGUUGGUUAUGGUAUUUAUUGCGUCAACCGAUUGGUUUCUGAUCUUGGAGUUCGACGUGAUGUAGGAAAAGUCCCGGUUGAGAGUCUUGUUGCCAAUACUGGCUUAGACGAGUCAAGCGGUGCGACUGAUAUUGCCAAAGAAUGA